UAAUAAAUCGAAUACAAAUCAUCCCUUCCAUUUCCCCUACAUCUCUCUCUAGAAACACAUCCCCUUUUCCCUCUCCCUCUCCCCACCGCGAAAUCCCUCAGCCACCAUGGUCCGCUGCCUCUUCACAUGCUUCGGCAAGGGCGGCGGCGACAACAACGGCGCCACGCCAGACCCUAACGACAGAGGGACGGCGGAGGAGCAGGGGCGCAGCGGCGGCGUCGUGGUGGAACUAUUCUCGUCGCAGGGGUGUGCGACGUCACCGGAGGCGGAAGUUCUGAUAUCGAGAUUGGGGAGAGGAGAUUUCGAAUUGGAGGCGCCGGUGCUGGUUCUGGCUUACCAUGUGGAUUACUGGGAUUAUAUGGGGUGGAAAGAUCCGUUUGGACAUAGCCAGUGGACGGUCCGGCAAAAGGCUUAUGUGGAGGCGUUAGGGUUGGAUACGAUGUUUACUCCUCAGGUGGUGGUUCAAGGCCGGAAACAGGCUGUCGCCACCGAUGAGGCUAGUUUGCUUGCUAUGAUUAAAGAUGCUCCGAUAUUCCCCUCUCCCGCUUUUCAGGGGACAUUCCAGAGGCCAACGACGGACAGCCUGGAAGUGACACUAACCGGAACAUUGAGGACGAAGGUGGACAGCGACGGCGCCGACGUGAUGGUGGCGCUCUACGAGAGCGGACUGAUCAACGAUUGCCUAGCCGGCGAAAACAAAGGCCGAGUUCUAGCCAACGAUUUCGUCGUCAGAAGGCUCGAAAAGCUCUGCUCCGUCAAAGACACCUCCGCCAAAAAAACCGUCUCCGGCAGCCUCAUUCUCACUCUCUGGGAAGGCUUCGAGGGCUCCAAAUGCGUCGUCGCCGUCUUCGUUCAGAACAAUUCGCAUCAUAUUUUCGGGUUUCAGAGCUUUGAAUUGCCGGAAGAUAUAUGAAAUUCGGCCGAGAUUCGACUGUAUAUCGACUUCCUCGGAGCUCAUCAGGGCGGCGGCCGAUUUUGAUUCCGACCACGAUUUAUGUACAGGAUGUGUUAACUCCGUUAACUAUUUGGUAGGAUUUGUCGUUCAAUCUCUUCAUUUCUUUCAAUAGUUUUAUGACUUUUGGUUGUGAUU